AUGAACACCAAGUAUCUUUUGGUUUUGAUAUUAAUCACAGGACCAGGAUUGAGUUCGCCCGUCCAUCGGCCAUUAUGCAAUCCUGAGUUUGGCCCCUGUGAAGUCGGCAGUUGGGAGAUUGAAGAAAACGACUGUACGGAACCGAAUGGAUGUCCUGUAAGCGAACCACCUGCCAAGGAGUAUCCAAAUCGCCUAUCACCAUUCAUUCAUCCACCCACUACGUGCAUGUUUUGUUUUUGGAAUAUGAGUCCAUUUUAUUUUUAUACCUUUUAA